GUGCUGGUGAAUCGUCUGAAUAUUUGUGAACGAUGAGUGCACAGAAGAAGAUGAUAGAGGCUGCCCUCGCGGCUGGAAAAAGCGCCGAUGAUAAACCAGAUGGGUUAGUGGAGGUGACACUGAAGGCGGAGAACACCCUUGACCCGAACUGGCCCGUUACAGAUACCGUAAUGAAGGUUCCUCUUGGGAGUUCGGUCUACUACAUGCUGCUGCAGGCAUACAAAGACGGCAAGAUCACUGAGCUUGGUGCCAGAUGGUACGUCGAUUUCUGGUCCCACCUCAUCGAAUCUAUCAACGGCGUAAAGAACAAAGACAAUAAGUAUUGGAGAUUCGAGGACGGCGAGGGAAAUGCAUUCGAAUACGGGGUGGACCGGAUCCCCUUGCGCGAUGGGGACGUCAUCAAGUUUCGCUACGUCAACUAA